AAGCAUACUUCUGCUUCUGCUUUCCUGGUCCGUAGCUGCAUCUGAAACAUCCUCUCCGACCCUUAAAGUUUUCAUCCUUGCGAUGCUCCUUUAUCCUGAUGUGCAACGAAAGGCUCAGCUAGAGAUAGACUCGGUGGUAGGCCGAGAUAGGCUUCCAGACUUCAACGAUAGGCCACCAUUGCCUUACAUCGAAGCUAUUCUUCGUGAGACGCUCAGGUGGCACGCUGUAGGCCCCCUUGGGGUCCCUCACGCUAUUACGAAUGUCGAUCAUUUCGAAGGUUAUUUUACCCCGAAAGGAGCAAUAGUGAUGGCUAAUAUAUGGGCGAUGUCGCACAAUGAAGAUAAAUAUUCAGAAUCAGCUGAAUUCAAACCCGAGCGGUUCUUCACUCCAGACGGGAAGCUAAACAACGAUAAUGUUGGCUUUAUUUUUGGAUUUGGAAGGCGAAUUUGCGUAGGCCGCCAUAUCGCUGACGCAACAGUAUGGGCCGCUAUUGUAUCCAUAUUAGCUGCAUUGAACAUUGAAAAAGCGAAAGAUGAACAAGGCAUUGAUGUCGAAGUUAAUACGCAAUGGUCAACUGGAGUAGGCACCCACCCGCUCCCGUAUCCAUGUCGCAUUGAACCACGGUCAGGAAUUAGCUCCAAGAAGCUGAUGCAGAUAAUAGAAUCCCAUACGUGAAAUAAUAGCCACGAUAUACCUUGUGCUUGUUUCACAAUUAUGUAUAUGUGACGACUUAGCAAAGGGAUGUAUGAGUUGUGACUUCAUAGUCUCUGUGUUGAAUUCGUUGAAUUUCAGACAUACCCAAUGGGCUCUGCAAAAGCUAGAAUACUUUAUUGUUCGUUCGGCGCUCAAGAGCAAGGCGAUGAUACACUGCCCGUCUUCUGGAACCAAUAUCACGGGGAGUAUUUUCAGAAGACUUGAAGUUCACAGAACCGUGGUACACGUGUUGAUAUUUCGUUCGGAUAAUAGAUUGGACAGGUGUGUAAUGUUUUAGCCAUCUUGUAAAGAGCCCACGGGUGUGUACUACAUCAUGAUUGGGACUAUUUAUGCUAGCAAUUUAGCGCUGGUUCUCCUAUUUUGACGGUUUGAAGUUAUGCCUUGCACUUUGUUAUGGCUCGCGGGAGUGGUUCAAGGGCCCCUUUCAAGGUCAAAUCCACUUUCGACCUUCAGACAGUAGGAUGUUUUCGUAGCCCAGCCUGAACAAAAGGCAAUGGUGACAUCUCCGAAUUCAGUCAGCUUGUGCUUCUCAAAAUUUGGGUUCACGAAUUAGCUGGAGGCUGUUCCACGGGGAACAGAGACAUAGACGAGCUAAAAUGGGGGCGUCUUUCGAUGGGAUUGUGGUAUAUAAACGGUAGACCUUACUCUGGAGAAGUGUAGCACUUCUUUUCAGGUCCUCCCACCAUGUCUGUUGGUUUACUUCACCUUGAUGCAAUCAACCCAACCCUCUGCUUAGUCCUUACGGCUGCAUUCAUUAUUGUAAACCGCCUAGUUGCAGGUAAAGCACGCUUUCUUCCACCCGGUCCUCGCCCCCUGCCUGUGGUGGGCAACAUAUUUGGUAUUAGAGUGAAUGAACCUUGGAUUACCUAUAAGGAGUGGGCUCAAAUUCACGGAAACAUUGUUUACUCUCGCUUAUUCGGUCAAGAAAUUAUCAUCCUCAACUCCGAGGAAGUGGCCAAAGACCUUCUUGAGCGACGUUCUUAUAACUAUUCUGACCGGCCGCAGUAUAUCACAACUGAUCUAUUUGGAUGGUCAUUCCACUUGGGACAUCAUAGCUACGGCAAUGAGUUCCGACAAAAGAGAAGACAAUUCCACCAGGCGUUUCAUACAAAAGCUGCUUUGAAGUAUCGGCCUAUUCAAUUACGCAGGGUAAAUCAGCUCCUUGUCCAUUUGCUCGAGACACCGGAAAACUAUGUUAAUCACCUGCAAACACUAAGUGCGUCUAUAAUUAUGGAAGUAACUUAUGGGUACGACCCAGCACCCAACCAUGACCACCUGGUCGCGCUUGUGGAACGUGCAACUGCGAUGUUCAUCAAUGAAAAUACAGCCGACAAAGCAAUAAUCAUCAAUGCACUGCCAUUCUUGCAAUAUAUUCCUCACUGGUUUCCCGGGGCGAAUUUCCAGCGCAAAGCCCUUCAGUGUCAAAAUUUGACUGCGGAGAUGAUUGAAGCUCCAUUUCAGUAUACAAAACAGAGUAUUGCAGCAGGGACAGCUAUACCAAGUAUGCUGUAUGAUCUAUUUAGCCGUAUGACCGAAGACGAUCCUUCAUAUGAACUUUUAAUGAAAAGUUCCACCGCUACUGCGUUCUCUUGUAAGUGUUCUCGAUUACUCUUUGUGCUUGCAAUGCUUUUCAAUCCUGAUGUACAGCGGAAAGCUCAAUUAGAAAUCGACGCGGUGGUUGGCCGAAAGAGACUCCCAGACUUUAGUGAUAGGCCGUCACUGCCUUACGUUGAAGCAGUUUUUCGGGAGACACUCCGUUGGUGUCCUGUAUCUCCCCUUGGGGUUCCGCAUGCUACCACUAAUGAUGACAAUUUUGAGGGAUAUUUUAUACCAAAAGGAGCAACAAUAGUGGCCAAUAUAUGGGCAAUGGCUCAGAAUGACGAUAAAUAUCCAGAACCAUCCAAAUACAAACCGGAACGUUUCUUCACCGCCGAUGGAAAGCUGAAUGAUGACACUGUGGGUUUUGUCUUUGGAUUUGGAAGGCGGAUUUGUGUAGGUCGCCAUAUCGCUGAUGCAACAGCAUGGGCCGCCAUUGUUUCAAUAUUAGCUGUGUUCAACGUCACCAAAGCGAAGGACGAACACGGUGACGAUAUUGAAGUCAUCCCACAAUGGACAGAUGGGGUAACAAUCCAUCCGCUCCCCUUUCCAUGUUGUUUUGAACCACGACUACGAGGAAUGACCUCCGUAGAUCUGAGUCAAAUGAUGCAAUCCUGAAAGGAUUGACAAUGUAACACUUAUCCUUGUCCGUUGUAUAUAAUUAUUCUGUAAAAUAGUGUUACCCCAGUACAAUAUUCCCAACGUUAUCUACAUCAUGCUCAA